UCAUGGCCGUCGGUCAACUCAAGACAUUGAUCGGAUCGAUCAGGAGGAAGCCCUCUACCGCCCCAGACCGCAAGACGAAUGGCGAAGCAGAGCUAAGCCCUCUGAAUGAAAAGACCUCACUCAUUCAUGACCUCACACAUAUGGGUCUGAAGAACGCUGGCACGGUCGCGCAAGGCUUAACAACCAUUGCAUCUGGCGAGCCCAUGGACGACAAAGAUCUGUUGCUUGAAAAUGGUGUGGCUGCACUACAGAAUGCCCCACCUAAUAGCGGACUUUCCGCAACUGUGUCUGAAGGUUUUAUCAAGAUGCUAUACAACGACCUGCCUCAUCCACCAGUGACGCUGGCUGGACCCACUGCCAGAUAUAGAAGACAUGAUGGUGGCAACAACAACCCUUGGAAUCCCGAGAUGGGCAAAGCUGGAACUCCCUACAGUCGAAGUGUUCCUCCUCUGCGGCCUAAAGGACCCAAUCUUCCCGACCCCGAGCUUGUCUACGAACAACUUCUCAAGAGAAAAGGGCCCUUCCGUGAACAUCCUUCUGGCCUCAACAGACUAUUCUUCUCCUUCGCCACAAUCGUCAUUCACGAGUGUUUUCAAACUUCUCGAACAGACCCUUGGGUCAACGAAACUUCCAGUUAUGUUGAUUUGAGCACUUUGUACGGAAAUACAGGGGUCGAGCAGGAGCGUGUACGCACCUACGAGAACGGAUCAAUCUUUGCAGACUCUAUCGCUUCCGAGAGGAUCAUGAUGAUGCCACCAGGAGUUAUUGCCGUCUUGAUCAUGUUCUCGCGAAACCACAACAGCAUUGCCCACUCAUUGCUCUCCAUCAACGAAGAAGGCAAAUACAAGGAUUGGAAUACAUUGGAUCAAAAGCAGAGAAUUGCACAAGAUGAAGACAUCUUCCAGCUUGCUCGCAAUAUCAAUGUCGGCUUCUUCGCAACGGUUGUCCUGAAAGACUACGUCGCAGCCAUCUUGAACACCCCAAGGGCCAACUCCGAAUGGUCUCUAGAUCUCGGUGCUGAGAUUAAGCAAGCUGGUACACGAGUUGAGCGUGGUACUGGCAAUGUUGUCUCGGUCGAAUUUGCCGUCCUCUACCAUUGGCAUGCAGCUCUCAGCGCAGCGGAUGCAGAUUGGAUGGAAAAAUUGCUGAGAGACAAUCUUCCAGGACUUGGCUCAAUUGACGACAUGACCCCAGAUAUGUUCAAAGAAAUUCUCAUGGCAGAGGGUCAUAAACUGAGAGACACUCUGCCGAGGAACUGGACAUUUGGAGGCUUGAAGAGGAAAUCAGAUGGCAUGUUUGAUGAUGUCGAUCUCGCAGAGAUUAUCAAGGACUGCAUCGAAUCUCCAGCACACGCUUUUGGCGCGCAUGGCACACCUGCCAGUCUGAAGAUUGUCGAUAUCAUGGGUAUGCUUCAGGCUCGCGACAAGUUUCAAGUUUGUACUAUGAACGAUUUCGAAGAGUGGAAUCCAGACACGGAGACUGCUAGGGCUGCGGAGCUUCUGUAUGGCCACAUCGACAACCUUGAGCUGUACCCGGGACUUAUGGCCGAAGUCACGAAACCUCCCAUGGCCGGCAGUGGUGUCUGUCCAGGUCAGACCACUGGUCGUGGCAUCCUAGACGACGCUGUCGCGCUGGUCAGAGGAGAUCGCUUCCUCUCUUAUGAUUUCAACAGUUCGACUCUGACCAACUGGGGUGUGGCCAAACUCAGUGUCUCUCCCCCAGGAGCCUAUGGAGGCAUGCUGCCGCAGUUACUUCUCUCCGGACUACCCAACGCCUUCACCGGCACUUCUUCCUACGCUCUGCUGCCGUUUUAUACACCAAAAGCCGCAGCAGGCAUUCUCAAGGGCAACGGAGUGAUCGACAAGUACGACAUCACAAGACCGCGAAGUGAUAGAGCCAUUGUCUCUGUCCACACGCAAGAAGGUUGCAANAAGAUAUUCGAAGACCGUGAAAACUUCCGCGUCAUGUACCAGGCGGCAAUCAGGCAAUGCACAGAUGGUCACGAUUUCAUGAUCGGAUGGGAUCAACAGAAGAAGCACGAUGACAGGUCCAAGAUUCUCCACAAGGUGUUCUUCGAGGAGAACUUUGAAGCAAACGUCACGACGUUCUUCCGUAAAAACGUCACACGGCUCAUCUCGAAGAGUUCACUCAAGUAUCAGGGUACCAGACGCUCCAUUGACAUCGUCCGAGACGUCACCAACGUCACACCUAUCCUGUGGCUGGCAGAACGAUUUGCAAUCCCCCUCAAGACCAAGGAUAACCCUCGAGGCAUGUUGUCGAUUCCUGAGCUCUUCGGCAUCUACUUGGUUCUGUUCAUGUACCAGAGCUUCAACAUUCAACCGCUUGUUGAGACUACACUACGAGAAGGCGCUACGAAGGUCGCACCAGUCUUGCGCAAGAUUCUCCAUGCUCAUCUCCAGACCCAACAGGGUUACAAAGAGACGGUCGUGGACUGGCUCGCAAAGGGAACAGCAUACGAAGUUGGUCCAGACGCAGACCGCAUAUACCAUGCCCUGAAUGAGACAAAGCUUCCCAUCGGUGAUCUGGUUGGAGACUGUAUCGGCAUGGGUGCCCCGGUCGCAGGCAACAUAACUCAACAAGCAUCACUGCUCAUUGACUUGUUCCUCAGCCCUGACUACGAAGUGUACAAGGAUCGCAUCGUCGAACUUGCCCACAGAGAUGAUCCUGCAUCGGAGCGUGAGCUUCAAGGCUUUGUCUACGAAGGUAUGCGUCACGCCGGUGUAGUCCCAGGUCUACCUCGCGUAGCAUCUCAAGAUGUUACCGUAAUGGACGGCACUCGUGGCCCAGUCCAUAUUAAGGCUAACCAAACCGUUCUCAUUGCAACAUCCAAGGCAUCAAUGGAUGCCGUGGCAUUUCCAAACCCAGAAAAGUUGGACCCUCACCGACCCUUCAGCUCCUACGUCCUUCUUGGCCACGGCUUACACUUCUGCUUUGGCGCAAGAUUGGUCGGAGUAUCGUUGGCUGCCACUUUGAAGGAGGUGUUCAAGCUGAAGAACUUAAGACGUGCGAAGGGUCGUGCCGGACAAUUCUCGAUUGUCGAGCACGAAGUUGCUGGGGUGAAGAUGAGACAGUAUCUCGAUGCUUCGUCGAAGGAGUCUCCGAUUCCAACCACGCUCACUCUGGAGUAUGACGAG